CAACUGGAUGGCGUUUUGCUACGAUACAGUCUUUGCUUUAAGUCUACUCCAGCAAGUUUCCCAACAGGGAGGAAGCGGCUAGAAACCUCCUCAGGCCUGGCUCACCACCAGACAUUGGAGUAUGUCCUGUCUGUCCUGAAAUUUACCUACCCUACCCUUUUUCAAGGGUGGCAGACAUUAGUGGGUGGACUUCUGCUUCAUGUCUCCUGGAAGCUGGGCUGGGUGGAAAUAAACUUGUGUUCAAGUUCCAACAGGGUGGGGAUAUUUUUGGUGGUGUCUGAUGUGAACUUGUUGAUAAUGAGGUCUGAAAUCCUGUCAUGGCUUCCUGCUUCAGUACUGUUUGUUGGCAUUAUUUAUGCUGGCUCUAGGGCCCUGUCUAGAUUGCCAAUCCCAGUGUUCCUCACCGUGCACAACGCAGCAGAAGUUAUAACCUGUGGGUUCCAGAAGUUUGUGCAGAAAGAGCAGACCUCUCAUCUGAAAGUCUGUAGUGUGCUGUUCCUCCUGGUAGCAGCAGUGUGCCUUCCAUUAUGUGACACACAGUUUGAUCCAAAUGGUUAUUUAUGGGCUCUAAUUCACUUGAUCUGUGUUGGGGCUUACAAAGUAUUUCACAAGUUAUGGAAACCUAGCUCUUUAAGUGAUCUGGACCAACAGUACAUCAACUAUGUAUUCAGUGUGGUGCUGUUGGCCUCUGCAUCCCAUCCAGCAGGUGAUCUCUUCAGUGCCUUGGACUUUCCAUUCCUGUACUUCUACAGGUUUCAUAGCAGCUGCUGUGCCAGUGGACUCUUGGGAUUCUUUCUGAUGUUGCACACAGUGAAGCUAAAAAGCAGCACAACCUCAGGGCAAUAUGCAGCAUGGAUUUUCCUUGCAAAGGUUAUCACUGCUAGCUUAUCACCGUUCUUCUUUGUCAUGACUGCCAAUGUACUAACAAUUUCCUGGUCUGUCAUGUGCGUGCUAGAGCCUUGUGAUCAGUGGAGUUGGAGAAGCUUUGCUUGUUUACACUGAAAGGACAGGCAUGUAAAGAGGAACCAGAUCUCACCAGCUGGAAAAAGAGCUGACUUGCAGCCUGGAGACCCUGUCUUGGAUAAAAUGCAGCAGCAGGAAUGAAGAAGUGCAACCAAACAUGAGGAAAGAGACCUAUUGUUUUCUAUUAAGAAAGAAAAACUAUGCUAUUAAUAGUGCUGGUAAGGGAGCAGCAUAGUUGGCAGUAUGGUUAGGAGCCUUUGCCUCAAAGCACAAAACAAACUCUUUCUGAUUGAUGUGGUUAAGGAAAAGCUGCACUGUCUCAUGCUGAUGGCUCUGUUUGAGAACCUCUCAGUAGCAGCUUCUUGCACAGGGAACUGAACUCAGGAAAAGCAGCAUUCCCCACAGGAUGCCCCCAGUUUUUUUGUUGGAAGCUGACAGCAGGUUGUACCAAACAAUGUCAGAGCCCAGAUCCUGCUAUGAAUGCAGGAUCAGGAAGGAUGAAUUUUGUCUCCAACUGUUCUGUAAGCAGCAAGCUGCCACACACAGGUCUCUAGUCACGUCAUCUGAACUGGCACGGUGACUGAGGCCAUGGGGCUUCUGGAGAUAAUCCCCUUCUGGAACUGCGGCAGUCUGACAGCUUUGCAGAAUGGGGAAAUCAGCAAUAAAUCUCAGUAUCUGUAGUGAUUGCUCUUUGUGUAUUUUUUUCCUCUCCCAUUCUCUGAGAUUUCUCUUAAAAUCUGCAAUUUUUGUCAGCUGGAGGGGGUGGAGGGACACAUACUGUUCCCAGCAGUGGUUUGUCUCUUAAAUUAUUGCAAGAGGCAACAAAGAUUAUGAGCCUUGAAUGAAUGUCAUAAAGAGUGUAAGGCAAUUCAUCUCAAGAGUUCUUAAAAUAAUUUCAUUUCUGGUUGCUUAAUGGCUGUUAGAAAUUAGUCUUGAUAUAUGAGUGCCUGGGAAAGCAAUCUGUGUGAAAGUAAUAUUAAAGAAUGACUUGAUAAUGUUGUGGGGAAGGUCUACAUGGUAAAAGGAGCUUGAUAACAAAUCUUCAGUGAGGAGAAGGACUUGUCUCACAUGACAUUAGAUAUCUAAAGUUUAUUCCCUUAAUCUAAAUUGACAAAUUUUCCUUCAUAAUCAGUGGAAGGAGAGGAGUGCCCUCACAGAGAUGAUUUUUCUUGAAUAGAUUGCUGUGUUAAUAUGACUGAAAGACCCUCUGGAAGUGCUUAUCUCUCUGUAGAUGGAAACCAGGUGACUAGUCUAGACAAGACACAUGGCUUUUAGAAGGCUACAGUUAGUGGAGGCAUAUCUGCUUCAAUCUAACAAAUUCCACCAGCUGGGUUUUAAAGUAGGGCUAUUAUUUUAAACGUCAAAUAAAACACCAUAGUUUAACAAAGAAGGUAAAUUUUACAAAGGAUUGCAGUCAAUUUUAUGACUGGGGAGUUCUAGGUAAAGAUUAGUUGGUUUUCAGAAAAAAAUGCUGUAGUUUAAAAAGGAGAAUUCAGAGAAGUACUCUGGCCUGUAUUGUACCUAAGUUUAUCCCAAUUAAUCACAAGGGGUCUGUUUAUACUGACAUGUUGUCCAUGUAUGUUGGGUCACGCUCUGGCUUGAGUUUGGAGUGAGCCAUUUUCUUGCCAGGUGGUAAAAUUCAGGUUUGGGAAGAAAGGGGGAGAGAGAGACAAGCAUGAAAAAAACAUGUGCUUGAAGUUGAGCACUAGUCCUGAAACCAACAUGAUCCACAUAGCACGGGUUGAGCCCAUACUCAAGCCCAAUGAGCCAAGACACAUCGGCCAUGGCCCCUAAUGGCCUUCCAGUCUGUAAAUUCAGACAUUGCUGGCAGUGAUGGCUGCAGCAUGCUGGCCUUCCCCAGACAACUAGCUCUGCCAGCCAGUUGUGACAAUAUGGUAGGAUCCUUGCUGUGCCACCUUUCUGCUGAUUCUGAAAUGACUAGUGACCCUGGGAGACCUCAUGAGAGUCCCUGUGUGAUAGCUGAGGUUUUGCAAUCAUAGCUGGAACCUUUGCUGUGGGAAAAGCUCAUCGUGUACCUCUCUUGCAUAACUUUCAAGGGUAGGCUGCAGCCUGGAUUUUUUUUCUUCUCUCUUGUUUGUGCUGUUCAUAGCAAUGUACCAAGACCCAGAACAGCCCAUUUGCUUUUUUGCUGGUGGUCUCAGCGGAAAGCCAGUGUUCAAAUCAGCAGCCAGGGUUGCUGUAGCAUUUUAAUUGCAGAGGGUGUGCUUGUGGCAGCUGUAGGAAGGUUGUUUGGCUGCAACAGGCGUUACUUUGUCUGGGCUUUGGGAGAAUUCAGCCUCUGCAGCUGCUGAAUUAGUAUCUCCCUGCAUAGUAAGUGCACUACCUUUUUAUUUAACUUCAUGCAUGUUAAACAACAGUGAGCCGUUUGCGUCUGCUUUCAUUUUUGUGCCCUAGUGCAAUGUGCUUUUCUAAGCAAUGUGCGUUUCUAAGACUCUGCUUGAUGUAAAUAAAAUACUGCAGAUUUAAAUUGAUUUGACACAUAAAUCAAGGAAGCAGAGUUAACAUGGAGUUGGGCUCCUCUGUCAAACAUGGCUGGGAAGAAAAAACACCCUCUGAACCAACCUGACCUGCUUCAGGUGAGUAUAAAUCUUGCAGACCAGCACGAGGCUUGUCAGUCUUGCUGAAGACUUGAAGUAGGGUGGAAGUGAAGCUUGAGGGCCUUCAGAAUCCUUCUGUGCAUAUUCAGAGUUGUGUAAAGGAAUGGGUUGGCUUCCUUCUUCCUCAGGCCAUGGCAGAGGUGACAUCAGAACCAGGAGUCUGGUGUGGCAGCCACCCCUGUGGGAGUGCCUGCAGCCAAAGGGUCCUUAAGCGACGUUACCUGUGAGCCGUCGUCGGAAGGUUAGCCCUGCUGUAGGGGAAGAGAUUGUGGAGAGAGAGCCCUUUGGAGGGCUUCUGGCUGUUGGAACAGUGGUGCCUUUGUCAAUGCAUGUGUGCUAGGGUGGGGACAUCAGCCUGGAAAUGGUGAGCUGCAGCAUUUGAAAAGCCCUGAGAUGGCAACUCAGCUGGCAGUUCAGAACAGGCCUGCCAUACAAAUCUAAAGGUGAGCUGUGGAGGGCACCUGUGGGAAGACCUUGGGCCCCCACUGCUGCCCUUGGGAAGGGGGGUGCAUUCCCACCAGCAGCACCCAGGGGAGAGGGGGUACAGAGAGACACUGGUUGGGCUCCCUGGGCCCAGCAGCAAGCAGCCCCAGACCAGGAGGCGAUUACAGCAGAGGGGAAACAUGGGGAGGACAGGCAAGUACUGGCUGCUUGUGGAGGCUGGUGACUGAAGGGGAUGGGGCAGAGCAAACCUCAUGAUUUCCUGAGGAAGCAGCAGCCUGAUCUUUAAUUCAGCCCUGCCUCAGAAGGGGGGGAUAGUGCAUGGUAAAAAACAAACUUCAGGUUGUUAUAAUGAUCUUGGAAGCAGGAAACCUCAGAAAUUCAAGCUUAUGAUGGCUCUUGCAAGACUAGUGAACAAUUAUGUUCAGUAAUUUGAGAGAACGAAUAUGCAAAGAUGGAUUAUUUAUAUCUAAUUGACCUUUUUUCUAGUCAGUCAGAUAGACACACAGCUCUGAGGAAGGAGAAGUUACUUUACGUUCCAAAGAUGCAAUGACACCAAUUAAUGCCUGAAUGCAAAGCAAUGGGUCUGUAGCUCAGCUGGUAGAAGAACCUGUGGUUUUGUCAGUAUCUGUCAUUUGAGAAACUUACCUUCUGAAGGCUCCCCAGUUCUUGGGCCAUCAGCACAAGGGGUGAGAGAGAGAAAUUGGAGUGUGCUGGUCUUUCUGAGAGGCAGCAGAUCCCUGGAGGCUGUCCUGUCACAUUAUUUUCACAUCCACUGGUUUUGAAUCAAACCACUCUGACAGAAAUGGUCCUGAAUCAUGUAAUGUCUUUUUGAUCUUAUCUUGCUUGCACUUUUAUUUUUCCAAAUGUCUUUUUUUUUUUUUUUUUUAAUUCCACAGUAAUUGGUUUGGGGCAAGGCUUGUAUUAUCUGCCGCAGAAGCAUGAGUCAGGCAUGUGGCUGGCCUUUGUGAUAAAGAGCCUCUACUUAAAGCCAAGUGCCAUCGGAAGAAGACUGAAAUAGUAAAGCUGCUGGAUGUUGACUACAAGUGGCUUAGUAAAAUGCAGCCAACAGAGAGGCUGUUUCUAAACAAUCUUCUGGAUCUGGCAGCUGUGACAUAGCUUCCAGCAGAAAAUGUUAUUAAAUGAAUUAGAUGAACCUGAUGCUUACCACUGAAGCAAUUCUGUUGUUGCUUAUUGCUGCAUGGUUGUUGUGCUUCAUGUUGGAAGAGAAUCUAUGCCAAUCCUUCAGGACCAGUUUAACACUGAAGCUGAAAAUCUGCAGAGCAAGUGAUCGUAGCUUUUAAAAUUAUUUUUAAAUAAAGCGAUGGACUUAUUAAAACACUUGGUAAGGGAUACAGUUCUGUUUUACUAUUACUCUUUUAAAUACUUAUGUCCAAGUUGGUGGAUGAGUGUAUAUAUAUUUAUGUUCUUGUUUCCCAUCCUCAAACAAGAAGACUUAAAGAAUUCAAGAAAUGUGAUGUCAACAUAGGACAUGUUUUGAAAAGGAUGCUUUUAUUAAGUGUCAUAGAAAAGUUAGUUGCUGGGAGCUGCACCAAGUGCUGAGGAAAGGUUUCCUUCAGCUUUCUUGUACCUAUAAGCUAAAGGAGAUAGUGGGGUGAAGAAAACUCCAUGGCAAAUUUGUCUUGCCCAGAGCAGAAAAUGAAUGAACAGCUUUCAAACAGAUCAUCUGCUACUGUAAACCAGGCAACAGGAUCAGUGUGAAACUUUAAUCCUGUUCCAGAGGGUAGACACAGGGACAGGCUCAUUUUAUUUGAAAAGAAGGCGUGGAUGAGAGGAAGGAGAUUGGGGGCAGGACGGAAAAAUAUUGAGGCCAAAAUACUUUUGUACCAGGCGAUAA